AUGGGAAAUGCACGAGCAGGUGAAUUCUAUGGAUUAAAUUCUGAUUCUUCAUGGUGUAUAUUUAAUGGAUAUCUUAUUGCAGUUAUUGUCGCUGCUAUGUACAAUGUUUUUGUUAGUCAGGCUGUCUAUCGGCUAUGUCGAAUUGUCUAUGCAACUAACAAACGGCUUCAACUCUAUGGGCUUUAUAUGAUAGCAGGUCCUAUUCAAUUAAUGAUAGGAUUUGCUGUUCAAUGUCCUGUACUUAUCUGGCGGGAUGUAAAAUAUAUAUCUGCUGAGAAUUAUUGUUUCAUUCCAUACUUGCAGUUACAUGGAACAAUAUGGACUAUAAGUGUUUCUUAUGGAUUUCCUCUUUUGGCUUUAUUAUUUAUAUAUAUUCGUAUUACGAUAUUUAUUUAUCGUCAAUCCACUGUUCAAACACUUAUAGCUCAGCGUCGACAACAACGUGAUGUACUUGUUAUAAAACGAAUUGCCAUUACUGUUAUUAUGUUGCUUAUUUUUGGAUUGCCAAAUUUGGUAUUUGUAAUAGUAACAUCGAUGACAGGUGUUGAAUAUGCACUUACUUAUCGUAUUCAAUGGUUUAUAGGUAGUUUAUCCAUGAUAGGAUUAAGCAUAACAAAUGUGGUAUUGACACCUCAAUUAAAAAGUAUUGUAAUGAAAAGAUGGCAAGGAAGCCGAGUAGGAAUUCAAAAUACAAAUACAACUCCAAUGAGACCUGUUGCCACUGGUCAACAAACUUCUGAACUUUUGCAACCAAGAUAUUGA